CCUUCGCUCCGCUGUGCUUCGUCUCGGAAACCGGUCUUUGUCCGUCGCAUUAUCGCGCAAUGAAAAUUUAACAACCGUUGAAGAUUUCUGCUCGUUGUAUUUCUCGGACGGGCGGGCGCGUGGUGUUUGGCGGUGCUGAAGGGAGAGCUCAUUCGUCCGCCCGUUCGUUCGUUCAGAUAGCCGGGGCGGUGGAUUUGCCCUAGUGGCCGGCGGGUUUGUUUGUUUGUUUAUUUAUUUAUUCGCCUAUUCCGUCCUUCACCCCCGGCUCGCGAUGCUGAAAGCGACUCGGGUUAGAAUGCAUGCGGCGUGAAAAAAAAAAACCUUGCAGCAAAAGGGGGCUAGUGGGGGGGGCGGUUGUGAGCAGCAGCGGUGGUGGUGGUGGUGGCAGAGCUAUGUGCGUGACAGGGCUGGCUCGGGCUCCAUUGCGUGCGAGCGCGCGCGUGCGCAGGCACCGCUGCCUGCAAAAUCGAGCGUGCUAAUUCCCGUUAAGAAAACCCGGUGCCGCCGGUAGCGUCGCGAUUAACAAAAAAAGAUUUCUCUCUAUAUACCGCGUGUGAGCAAAACGACAAAAAAGAAUAUAAACCCGCCCCCACCGCUUCCCAAUUGGUGAUAUAAGACAGAGAGAGAGAGACAGAGAGAGAUAUAACAUUCUCCGCACCGCGAUACGAGGCCCUUGAGCGUCAAGACAUUGCACGGUGGCCAAAAGAGAACGACUUGCCCUCUUGCGGGAUUCCUGAGCGCCGGGUGCCAUUCAUGGCCGUUGCACUGCCGGUGUCCGGGCUGCGUUAAUUCGUACAUUAGUCUCACGGCUGAGCGAACGAGCGGGCGAGGGGGCGAACAAGAAAAGCGGUGCAAGCUAGCCGCGAGCCCGUGGUGAAGCCGUCCAAAGAAUACUCGAUGACUCCGCGCCCGGGGCCGGAUUGCCGACUGCUACUGGCGUCCGUCGGUGUCGGGAAGCGGGCGGCCAGUCGGAGAGGCGUCUCGGAUGCAGAGCUUGCGCCGCAUGCGACGGCCGAUACCGAAGCGAUCUCGGAGCCCUAGGCUACGGGAGCCAGAGUUCCGCCGGUGACCUCGGUGAGAUCGCCGCUCGGCAGCGGUCGUGCUUGCGCCAGCGACGAGAGCGGAGCGACCAAGGCGACCGUCACCAGUCAGCCCAGCCAGGCCGCUGCUCAAGCCCGGACGGGCCGGACUCAGGGGGUAGCCGCUGCAACACCGGACCGGGCGCCGAGAGCCAAGCCACAAGUUCCUCCGAAACCGGCCGCGUUCCAGAGGUCGUCGCCGCCACCACCGGACGAUCCCCCGCCAAGGGUCAUCCCCCCUCCGCCCAACCGACCUCUGCCCCCUGACCCCAGGCAAAGGAUGGAGUCGCAGUCGAAGGAGAGCUCCACCGUCAUGCAGCUGAUCAACAAGUUCGGUGGUGCCAGUCCGAACAUACAGAGGCGCAACCCAGCGCCGGACAAAGGGGACAUGGCUGCUGCUGCUGCCGUCAGCACGACAACAUCAGCCGUACCGGCAGGAGAACGCCGUGACUCGUGCCGCACGGACUCCGAUUCUGAGACGGGGCCCGGGACGACCGCGGCGGCGGCGGCGACGCCGACACCGCCGCCGGCGCGGGACGCGGCUCGCGAAGACGCGGACGACGAGAAGGCGAGCGCGCGCGGGAAGGACGACGCCAAUCUGGACGAGGAGGAGGAGGAAGAGGAUUCCUCCUCCGGCGCUGCCACCACCACGGCCGCCACGGCCGGCGGCGCCCCGGGUGCUGGGCCGGGCGGCUUUGGGCCGGGCAAGAUUCCCAACCGCGACAGCGGAAUCGAGAGCCUGAGCUCGGCGUUCCCUGCGGACGAUGCCGAGAGCAGGGAAGGCGUCGACGACGUGAGGGAUGACGAUCGGGACUGCCAGUGUGGCGUGCGGUCGGAGGCCAUCCCACCGGCGCCGGGAGAGACGGGCGGCGCUGCCGAGCGGCGGAAGUUGGCGCGCGACAGCCGCAGGAGAGAGACGCUCGAGGAGUUCGAGAGCGACCUCGAGGAGGGGAGCAGCGACGACAACGCGGAGCCGACGAGACACACGGCGCCCGAGCUCGGAGGAGACUCGCAAACGGCCGAGCAUCCCAAGGAGAAGUUGUACAAAAUUGCUGAUGAGCUUCUGCAGACCGAGAGGGCUUACGUCACGAGACUUCACCUCCUGGACAAGGUCUUCUGCGCCCGACUGCUCGAGGAGUCUUGCAUCAAGAGCGCCUUCCCGGCCGACGUGGUGACGGGCAUCUUCUCAAACACCUCCACGAUUCACUUGUUCCACCAGGAGUUCCUGCUGCCCGAGCUUGAGAAACGCAUGCAGGAGUGGCACGAGAAUCCCCGCAUCGGAGAUGUCCUGCAGAAGCUGGCUCCCUUCCUCAAGAUGUAUGGGGAGUACGUCAAGAACUUUGACCGAGCUAUGGACCUUCUCAACACGUGGAUGGAGAAGUCUUCUCCGUUCAAGGCCAUCAUCCAGGAGAUACAGAAGCGGGACAUCUGCCACAACCUGACGCUGCAGCACCACAUGCUGGAGCCGGUGCAGAGGAUCCCGCGGUACGAGCUGCUGCUGCGCGACUACCUCAAGCGGCUGCCCGAGGACGCGGUCGAUCGCAAGGACGCGGAGAAAUCCUUGGAAAUCAUCUCCACAGCUGCAAACCAUUCCAAUGCCGCCAUCAGGAAAAUGGAGAAAAUGCACAAGCUGCUGGAGGUGUACGAGAUGCUGGACGGUGAGGAAGACAUCGUCCACCCGUCUAACGAGCUCAUCAAGGAGGGCCAGAUCCUCAAGUUGUCGGCGAAGAACGGCACCGCUCAGGAGAGGCACCUGUUCCUGUUCAACAACAUGCUCCUCUACUGCGUGCCCAAGCUGCGACUCAUGGGGCAGCAGCGUUUCAGCGUGCGCACGAGGCUCAACAUCGACGGCAUGCAGCUGCAGGAGGUCGAGUCCCAAGGGCAGCCGUACACGUUCAGCGUCUCAGGGAAGCAGAGGGCCUUGGUCAUCCGAGCACGAUCAGAAGCUGAGAAGAAAGAGUGGGUCAAGGCGAUCCGCGACACGAUAGAGAAGCACGAGAAGAACAGCGAGAGCUUCAAGGCGUUCAACAGCUCCUUCACGCGCGAUGACGACGGAGAGUUCUCGGCCACGGAGCUGGGGCGACGGGCGCCUCACCUUGUGCGCGAGCGCAGCGUGUCCGAGUGCAUGAGCUGCUCGGAGCCCUUCAACGCCCUCACGCGCAGGAAGCACCACUGCCGUGCCUGCGGCCACGUCGUGUGCGGCAAGUGCUCCGAGUACAAGGCGCAGCUGGAGUACGAGGGCGGCAAGCUGGGCCGCGUGUGCCACGACUGCUACGGGGUCCUGAGGCCUCAGCAGCAGCAGCAGCAGCAGCAGCAGGAGACGGAGGAGCUGCCUGAUGACGUGCGACGAGCCCGAGUCGCCGCCGUCACCGAGCGGCGUGCCUCGGCGGAUCCGGCGGGCAGCAUUCUGUGUGGAUUCCUGAGUCUGUCGGAGCGCGGAGUGAAGGCGUCGCACCGCGCCUGGUUCACCGUGCCACGCUCAGAGCCCCUCGUCCUCUACAUGUACGAGACCGCAAAGGACGCCAAGCCUCUGCGGACGAUCCCGCUGCCGGGCUACGCCAUCAGCCCCCUGGAGGCGAGCGACCCGCACGAGGCGCGCCACGCCUUCAAGAUGACCCAGUCGCGGCAGACGCUCUACUUCGCCACGGACGGGGAGGAGAGCCAGCGGCGGUGGAUGGGAUACCUGGCCUUGGCGGCGAUCGGCGAGGUGCCGUCGUGCCCCCCGUCGCCCAGCGUCAUCAGCAAGCAGGGCUCCAUCCCCGAAGAGGGCGCCGAACAAAACGACGAGUCCUCGACUCAGUCGGACAGCAUCCUGGACACCAGUGCUUCAUAGUAGAAGGCUACGCGGUCACUGCUGAGUCGCGUUAUUCGUUCGCGUUGUGUCGUCGUCGUCGCCGUCAGUGUCGGUGUCGGUUUUGAGUUCUUUUUACGGACUUGUGUUGUGAUACCUUGAGGGUUUCGAGGACACUUUGGUUUCUUUUUGUUGGUUGUGAAAGGAAAGAUUUCUGUGGGGGGAAAAAUGGGAAAGCUGAUUAUUUUCUUUUUUUCAAAAAACUAAUUGAAAAUUCGGAUGUCCCAAAGGCGAAUUGUGCAAUAAGAUGGCCUGCUUUCAAAACUGCGGCAAACCUAAGGGCUGCGUGGUCGAUCCAGUGGAAUAUAUUCAAACCGGCAGGUUAAAAACAAAAUCAAAGUUGCCAAUCACGAAAAUGUUUGACGAUGCUUAAUAGUCCGGAGGUAAAAGAAUAUAUUUUGUUUUAACAUUUUUUUUUACAAAUACAAUUGUAUAUCACAAAUGUAAUUUAUGGUAACAUUUUAUAAACAAACUUGAGUCAGGUCAUUGUAGGAUUUUACCAAAUCAGGAAAGUCCCUCUUAAAGAAAAGAGAUCAUUUUACUUCCUGUUGAAUCCAUAAUAAGCUAAAGUAUAUAAUUGGAUGGUUUCUGCAUGCCAUUGACACUGCCCAUGUGCACUACAAAGCUAGGGAUUCUGCACUGAUAGUUUACCCUCAUGCUUUGUUCCGAUGACGUGGACCGGUAGCGCAGUAGUCAGCACACUGCGCUACAAACCUAGCGGACUCGAGAUCAAUUCCCAGCCAUGGCUAACAUCAGGAGUGAGUGAUAAUUGGACAGGUUCAGGGCCUUUCCCUCACCAAUCUGUACUGACCAGGACAGUGCGGUAUAGUAUAACUCCUGUGACCAGCACAGUGUAGGAAGACCUUCAUCUAGCAGUGUAUAAACAAAACAGCUGUACACCAUUCAUGAUCUUAUCUCGUGAAAUCCCCGUGUUAUGCAAAACGGCCAAUAGCAUGCAGUCUAACUGCAGUCAAAGUGAACUAAAUACGAUAAUAGUCUCCAGUUGGAAAGAAUGCAGCCAUAUUUGUAUGUUUUGGGCCUAAAAACUUGCCACGCAAAUCACUUCCCCGAGUGGCCAUUUUGAACUGUGAUUGGUUCACCUUCGGUCAUCUGUGUGUGCAGAUGUAUUUUUUGUUAAACGAGCAGAAAGGGAUGGCACAAAUAUUUAGAGCCCCUGAGGCCUUACACACGAAAGGCUGAGGGAACGUAAAAACAAAUCGAUUUCGACUCGGACGAAAGUCGUAACUGCCUGUUUCUUCCCACUUCAAAUUCCAGCGAAGCCCGACUUCAUUUAAAUGCAAACUCUUUCUAUCCACAAAAGUGGCCUUAAGUAAACGGAGACUAAUCAAAAGCAAGCGUUGUCCAUCAGUCUCCUCGCCGAAGUUGGCCUCGUGUUCCCUCGCCUUGGAGUGGCAAGCACAGUGCUGCACGUCAAGAAUGAGUGCGUUCGGUUUGCACUUGCAACUGUUCAAUGGCUUGCAAAGGAUUCAUUUAAGGAAAGGGGGGUGGGGGCGGUGAGGGGGGGGCGUGUAAGCACUGCUAUUCUUCUUAAAAUUACGAAACAAGUAGUUGUAAUGUUUUAUAAGCUACGGUUGUGUGAGGCACAAAACAGGACAUGUGUGACAUCUGUCUAUCAUGCCAUCGGGUAGAAAUGUGCUCAGUCUGCAGAGGACUGAUUGUAGGGGACGAGGGUUGCCACCUGUCCUGGUUUUUUCUGAACGUUCUCUUUUUGGGGUAGCCGUUCCCUGAAAAUCUCUAGGUCUUACCGGCAUGUCAAGAGUCCUGUCUGUUGUCAGUUUCGUAGUAAUAUACCACUCGGGACAAUGCGUUUACAUGUGGAUCCCCUCUACCACUAUUGUGAGAUAUUCUUCUUCUUUUGUCGAUGUCCCUGGGGGUUUUGUCCCUCAGAGGUGGCAACCCUCCCGGGGAGCAGGAACGGACGUUCGAAUAGCAUUUGCUCAACACACGAGACGUUGCGUGUGCCGCCAUUUUUCCUCGUGUCAAAUAUUAGACCGCCUGCACCCCCCCCCCCCCCCCCCAAAGUUAUAAUAUCACGCUCACGAAACAUGGCAGGAUUUUUCAAACUGUGAGGUUUUUAACAUGGAUGAUACCUUUUUUUAUUAAAAAGCAUGCCUGCACACCGUAGUAACGAAGACGGACGGUUGAGGCCUGCUUUUGCGAGGCCCCUAUUGGUUUUUUAAGAUUGCGGACGUAAUUUUAGGUCAAAAUGUAAAAUUACAAUAAAAUAAAAAUGCAGAUGGAAGAUCUCUCUUACGAAAAAAAAUGACAAAUUAUCUAAGCCUAAGCUACAUCGAACCUGUGAUAAUACGUUUAGGGAAAAGCAAACGAAUUGUACGGCUAUGUACAAACUCAUUUAUUUAUUUUCCACCCAAAAUAAUUGUGGCACUCAUUAAAGCCGAAUUUGUGGCCUAGUAAAACGCAGCUGUUUUGACAGUGGACAUUAUUAACGCAAACAUUAUAUCCAUGAAGACCCCACAGUGAUUUUGUUGCUGUUGCCAACACAUUUGAGUUAAUAUGUGUAAAUAUCUGCAUUGUACUUUUAUACACAGUAUAAUUAGAAAAUGGGUGCACUUUUGGAGGCAGAAUUUGAUUGCCCUUUGUAUUUUUUUCGGUUUUCGCUCAUAGCUUUUGUUACCAAGUGAUUGUUAGUGUCAAAAUAUCAGGGACCACAUCAUUCUCAGAGCUCCCAGAAAAGGUCAGGUUAUAAAUAAAUACAAUUUCGGGACAUUCCUCAGAGCAAAAAGCUUGCGUUUGGCCAUUUCCAAACGGCAUAAAUCCCUGAUCAUGGAGGAAAUGAGAACACAUUUCCACUCCCCGAUGAAACAGCUAAAGGAGGUCAUUCGGACAACAGAGCACAAACAUCACCCUUGGCAUUUGCAGAGUCCAACUCCUGGAUGUGACAUUGGGAGAUUGAUUUCAUUGUAGAAUGCAUUUGUACAUACAGUGGUGCCAUUCCUACUUCUUGUAUUACCACUAGAGGCAAAAUCAGAACCCUCAUCCUCCUUGUGAUAUGGCACUGGUUUUUUACGUACUUUCCUCUCAACAUUAUUAUAUUUAAGUUUUGCAUAACGUUCGUUGUAUUAGUCGUGGUUGUAUCGUGGACCAUGCUUUACAGAUAUUUUUUCAAUUCCGCGUCACGACACGGAGAUACAUUUGUCGGGGUUUUCUGAUCCGCUUUUAGAAACCGGAUUGAGGAAGACGUCCGAUUCGUUAGGGAUUGUCUUUGUUGACAUUUACACCUCCUUUUGCGAACAAAGUGACCGCAUUUUGUCGAGAGGUGACGUAAUCUCUACUCUCUUUUUUUUAAAGAGAACGCUCAAGAAGAAUUCACGAAAGUUAAACAAAAGAUUCAUCUUCUUGGUUCUUUCGGUAAAGUCACGUAGAAUUGAAAUAAUAAAAUAAUAAAAAUAAAGCAUGAUAAAACUCUGUCUUUUCGACAGACCUGUUUUUCACCUGAGGACGGCUGCUUGCGUUGUGGCCGAAACGUCGUAAGAAUUAUUUUAUUAUGUUUUAUUUUUAUUAUUUUAUUAUUUCCAUUCUACGUGACUUUACCGAAAGAACCAAGAAGAUGAAUCCCUGCAGUCACGAAAGCUUUAAAUCGAAAUUUAAACAAAAGAUGGUAAUACUUCUGUUUGGCUGCAGUUCUACCUGAAAGAAAAGCAGUCGUGGGUGGGUGUGUUAGUGAUAAUGGUCAGUGAGGUAAGCAUGGAGCUCGGAAGAGCGGAUUACAUAAAGAACAGACAGCAGCAGUCGCCGUGAUACUGGAGUGAAAUGCCUUAGGAAGCAACAUCUAUGAAGGGUUGAAACACAAUUAAUUUCUUAAUUACUCGAUGAAUGAUUAACACAACAAGUUCUAUACAGAAACCGAGUGCAUUUUAGACCAAAAAGAUAACAUGAAAUAAAGUGAAUGCGAUAGACAUCAUCAUCAUCAUCAAACUCCAUGGGCAGAGAGCCCAUGGGUAUCCACUGAAAUUCUUGUCGCUAGUUUCCACUUCCCUCUGUCAUGUGCCAACGUUAGACAAAUACAGCAAUUUGUGCUGGAAAUUCCACGAAAGUUGUGAGAUUGUUUAAAUGAGCAUUUUUGAAAUUUACAUUCGCUGCAUUAUGACCAAACAUUUUCAGGAUAAUUGUCAAUAAUCAUACAUUAUUGAUUUGAGAUCAUUUGAAAUCAUCUUCACAACUUUCAAUUAUUUCCCAUAAUUAUCAAAUAUAUCGAUACUACAUCUUGAUACGUUUUUAUUUAAAUGGAUUUUAGUUCUAGCAGUUAAUUUCCCAGUAAAACGAAUUUUUACUGACUUUUCAUGAAGUCGCUCCCUCGCGAUACCGCUAUUAUUUUUCUGAUGAUACAUUGUGAGUAUUUAUAGCACAAAUUUGUCCUGGCUUGACCCAGGACUUGACGACUCAAAGCUUCUGACCGGUGACAGCAGCACAGUAUCGCAGACACGAUGCGAAUAUAACAUGUGGAAUGCUGGCCACGGAAGCCGUGAACCAAUGGACAGUCUGGACACUUCCAGAUUUUACGAAACAAGACGUGGACACACAGCCAUUGCCAAUUCCCACUGCUACCGUCACUGCAAUCACCUACACGUGAUUAUCAACAAGACUUGAACAGGAUGGUGACGAGCCGGUCACACACAGGUAUUCCACUUGUUUAUAUCUCUAGCCAAUGCAAUGCAUGCCAGCGGAGGACCAAUGUGUUGUGAUAUUUUUUUUUAACUACGAUGCUAUUGAUUGGUUGGAAAUUAAUUCAAACUCUGCAGAGCCUACUCCUGAAUGAGUCGACGGCCAAAACAACUGUUUUGGGUCGGAGGUAAUAGGCGACAGUGUUUUAUGUGUAUAAUUUCACGUUUGAAUAUCGACCGGACAAACGUCUUGCCAUUGUUGGCUCAUGUUAUAGGAGACUUCAAGCCAACAUUUUUCGCGAGCCUAUAGUUUGUACCGUGGCUGUGCAUAGCAGCGGACCUGGGAUAGUUGCGACAGUAAAAUGAUGGGGAUCUAGGGCGAGGCAGCGCUGUGCGUGGCGAAUUAUCGCUGAGGUAGUCCAGGGUUUUAAAUGCCUUCAGGAAAUAUUCCGUCCGCGCCUGUCGUUUAUGUCGAUGUCAAAGACCUCCCCCCCCCCCCACGUCUUAAUGCGCUGAUAUUUUGCGUGUGACUAUGAAGUUUGAGAGGUCAAUGUUAAGAUCAAGUUUUAGGAUUUAAAAAAACAUCCCCUUGACCACCCCUUGUACAUAUGGCGACAUCGGUCACUUUCACGGCGUUGCUCCGUUAACAAUGUGGGCAAAAUUGAUUGUGUCUGUGCGAUGAGUAUGCCUACUCUUUAAAAAACAAAAAAACAUGUGCCCCAUUCCCAACAAAGUGUGCGUGUACAUAUGUGUGCGAGUGUUACACGUCUCAAAUCACGGUCUGUAUUAUAUACACACACACACCACACACCCGCACACGCUUAUCUUUAUAACUUUAUUAUUUGUUCGAUAUAAUCCGUCUCUUUAAUUUAUCUCCGCGGUUCCAUCAUGCUGUACAUUGAUGACAGGACUAGGUACGCUUUUUUCUCUCUCUCUCUCAUUCGUUGGUGGCUGGCCACUACAGGCGUCGCAGAUGUUGCUCGAAACCUCGUGGCUCACGUGACGUGGAGUGAAGAGGGGCAGCUCGUGUUUUGUUUGCUGCAUUGAGAGGGGGGUGGAGGUAAGAAAGGGCAGUGCCGUAGUUUUCUUUUGCGCAACAAUUUACGACAAAGCUCCUCCUGCUAUCCCCGCUCAGAUGUGUAUGCUGCAUAUGUUCCGAAUUAAAUUUUUGUUGUUGUUGUAACGCAUUACUGUACUCGUAGUAUUAUUAUUAUUAUUAUCGUCGUCGUCAUUGUUGUUAUCAUGAAUAUUAUUUCAUCUCUGGCCGUUGCAAAAAAUAAUUGUGUUCGCAUUAUUAUUUUUUGUUUGGUGCUGUUCAAAAAAAAGAACUUUUACAAUAAAGAUAACUGGAUGGAAUA